AUGGAGCGCAGGAAGGUCUUCGUGGCGCUCGACGUGCUCUGCGUGGUGGUCGCAUCUCUGCCCUUCGUCAUCCUGACGCUGGUGAACUCCCCAUACAAACGGGGCUUCUACUGCAAUGACGACUCCAUCCGCUAUCCCUACAAGGCGGACACCAUCACCCAUGGCCUCAUGGCUGGGGUCACCAUCACCUGCACCGUCCUCAUUAUCUCAUCAGGGGAGGCGUACCUGGUCUACACGGAGCGCCUCUACUCCAAGUCGGAGUUCAACAACUACGUGGCUGCCCUCUACAAGGUGGUGGGGACCUUCCUCUUCGGAGGGGCUGUCAGCCAGUCCCUCACCGACCUGGCCAAGUACAUGAUCGGCCGCCUGCGGCCCAACUUCCUGGCUGUCUGCAAUCCUGACUGGUCCAGGGUGAACUGCUCCACCUACGUGCAGCUGGAGAACAUCUGCCUGGGGGAGGGCAGGAACGUCACCGAGUCCAGGCUGUCCUUCUAUUCCGGGCACUCCUCCUUUGGGAUGUACUGCAUGAUGUUCCUGGCGCUCUACGUGCAGGCCCGGCUGGUGGGGAAGUGGGCCCGGCUGCUGCGCCCCACCAUCCAGUUCUUCCUCAUUGCCUUCGCCAUCUAUGUGGGCUACACCAGGGUCUCUGACUACAAGCACCACUGGAGCGACGUGCUGGCAGGGCUGCUCCAGGGGGCUCUCAUUGCCGUCCUCAUUGUCCGCUACGUCUCUGACUUCUUCAAGCACCGUCCGCCCCGGCAGUGUGACCAGCAGGACCCGGAGCGCAGGCCCAGCCUGCCGCUGACCAGGAGCGACUCGGAGCACAAUCACUACAGCUACCGGGGCACCCCGUGAGCUGCGCGCGGGCCACGUGCCCCGGACUGCCGAUGCUGCCCCGUGCCUCAGCAGGGGCAGGGGCCAUGCACCCUCGUGCUCACCACGGGCUCCUCACUGCCACCGGCCAGCCCUGCCCACCCCACUCCCAGCCAUGCCGCUCCGACACACGGCAAAGCCGGGGUUCCGUGGGGCCUGGGAGCAUGGGAAGGGGGGGCCCUGGUGCCACCAGCCUGAGUCACGCUCCACAGCCGCUUUCCCAGCCCGCUGUGUGGUGGGGAGGGAGGGCGGCACGGGGGGUGGAUUUGGGGCCAGCAAACAGCAGCGAGCAAACUCCUUGGCCUUCUGAGGCUGCCUGGUGCUGCAUGCAUGUUGUCCCUGUCAAAUUACACCGCCUUAUGAGCACAAAUCGUCACGAGCGCAAGGGGAGGAGGACAGCUGCUGGGCUUGCAAUGCCUUUUUUGAAAGGAUUGGAACAAGCCAGAGCUCUUCUGUUCCCUGAUUACCUUUAAAAGUGCUGUUGGUUGCCAGCGGCUGUGGGGCCGGGGUGCCAAGGCUGCUCCUUGCCCCCCCUGCUUGCGCCUGGCUUGGGGUGCAGGGCUGCUCCCGACCCUUCAUCUGCUGCAGCUUCAGCUGAUCCUUUAGGGGGUAGGGGAAAGGGGAGAAAUCUUCUGUGGUAAAGGGGCGGGGGGGAAUGGGACGUGGAGCUGGGCACAGGGCUCCUAACUCCCUGGGAAGGUGAGAAGGGGGCCACAUCCCAACCCUGUCUCUGAACUACAGCUGGCACUGGUGAGCUGUGGGUCUCUUGUUAAACUACAUGCAUUUUCAUGAUGUUUUUGUAAAAAUGUGUUUUUUAAAUUAGAUCAUCCUUAAAGAA